GAAAAUAAAUUUCAUAGUAUAUAUUACAUAGUACGUUUUAUUUAUUAAUGAAUCUUUUUGUAACAAAUAGUUUGGUUAACUUGUGUUUGUAUUCUUUGAUUUCAUAGAGAAGAGAUUUUAUUAAUAACGCAAUAAGAAAUUUAUGCAAAAUGAGUUCGGACGAUUGCAACGAUUAUGAUAAUGAUAGACCAAAAACACCAUUGGAGGAAGAUUGUUGUGGUAGUGGUUGUACACCAUGUGUAUUCGAUGUUCACAAAAUGCUGAUACAAGAAUGUGAAAGUAAAAAAAUGCGGACAAAAAUUAAAACAGACAAUUUAUUAUCACUUUUAUCUUACAAAGCAUUUGUUAUCACAGAUAUAUCUAAUACAUCAAAAGAUUAUUUUUUGAUUCGUUUGGAAUAUCCAGAAUGCAAAAUAAAUAACAAUGUUGGUUUACACCUCACACCUGGACAAUAUAUCAUGCUACAUUCUUGGACCAAGUCCCGGCCAUACACCCCGAUUGAUUGGACACACAGAAGUUUAAUUUUCUUGAUAAAAUUAUAUAAAUAUGGUGAAUUUAGUGUAUUGCUUAAAAAUGCAUCAAUUGGCAGUACAAUUAACAUCAGGGGUCCUUAUGGAGAUUUUAAGUACGAAAGUAACAGUUUUCGACAAAUCAUCAUGUUCAGUAUUGGCUCGGGAAUAGCGGCGCUUUAUCCCAUUGCUAAGGCAAUUGUCAACGACGAAAUGGAAUUGACAAGGAUACAUCUUAUUGCAGGAUUUAGAUCAGUGGCAGAAGUGCCUCUGAAAAAAGAAUUAACAUAUCUAACAGAUUAUUGGAAUUUUAAAUGUACUUUACAAUUAUCUCAAUUAAACGACGAGACAGUCAGCCUUCAUGGUUUUAAUAUAAAAGCUGGUCGUUUGAAUAAAACACUCGUUAUUGAUUAUCUUCAACCUAAUGAUACAGAGACAACAUUAAUUUUAAUAUGUGGAACUUCAGAAUUCAAUCAGUUCAUGAGAGAAUGCCUCCAAGAAAUGAAUUAUACACACAUAUAUAUAUUUGAAUAAAAUAUAAAUAUUUUAGGAA